GAGAGACAGAGAGGCAGAGACAGAGACAGAGAGAGACAGAGAGGCAGAGACAGAGGUGGAGGGCGAGUCAUGGAGGGUGGGGAGAAGAAAGCCUGGCAGGGAGGAAGGGAGGCAAGACCCGGGUGGGAUAAGCGGGGCCGAACGGAGGGUGUGGGACGUCCUGGCCGAGGGCUCUGGGGUCUCCGGGAGCCCUGGAGGUGGGGCCCUGGGGAGGGGCACGGAUGUGACCGUGAACAAGGUGGGGACAAGGUGGCUGAAACGCCGAGGUGUGCAGGGGGCUGUCUGCACUGGAGCCCAGCACGGCCCCCGGACGACGGCAGGGAGGCUGGCGUUUUCCGAAUACACGAUGAUCCACGGGGGGGCUGGCAGGGACAGUGGCAAGCAGCGGUGACGGGAGGCUGGAGAACCCGAACGGUCUGGACAGGUCCCUGGGCAAGACGAGCACACCGGGAGGGAGCCAGUCGAGGCCCAAGGAGGAGGCCCUGGGCCAUGCCUGUGGCCGGGGGUCAGCCGGAGAGACCCACACGGACCCCUCCCGGGGGGACACGGGGGAGGCCAGCCAUGGGUCUCAGAAGGCAGAGCUCAGAGGACGCCGGCUGCGGGCACAGGUUUGGGGCCUGGGCCACGGCGAGCCUGCCUCACGGGUGAGAGGACGGAGGGAGCAGAGAAGGACGUCAGGCGUGUAAGGCCUUGGCGGGCAGGGGGGAUGCGUUCCCGGGAGGGGCAGUGACCAGCGAGGGGGGAGAAGUGAGGAGUGGGCGCUGAGGUCGUCUUAGGAGGCGGGGGUGGGGUCUGCACGGGAGGAUGUGGGGCCGGGUUCGGAGGUGACCUCAGAAGGGUCCCCCGGCCCAGCCAGGAGCCUGUGGGAGGGUUUUCAGGAAGCAUUUCUGGGAAGCCUCCGGUGUAACUGCAGGGAGGGGUCCCGCAGGCCUGGAGGCAGGAGGGGGGAGGCACCACCAGGGGAGGGGCGGGGUGAGGGAGGCAGGGGGCCUCGGAGGGCCUUGCCGAGCCACCCACUUCCUGUGUCGGGGCAAGCCAUCUGGGAUCCGGAAAUUAAGCCAGCUCUCCAAAUCCCCUCUGGGUCUCCGUGUUCCUGAGGUUGAUAGAACAUUCAGGCCUCUGGGCGAGCCGGAGAAUCGCGUUUCAACCCCGGGAUGGGGAAGGUGCCCACCGGUCCCGCAGGAUGCUGGCCACAGGCCACCGAACCGUGGAGACUUUGGGAAAGAUCUCACCAUUGAGCAGGCUCGGGCGUUGGGAGAACUCACCUGAGCUCACCCAGCCCCCUGGUCCCCCGUCCCGGGGCAGGGUGGGCCAGCAAGCUGUCGGGGUCCUGGUGGCCACCAGGGCUCCGGAGAAGGAAGCUGGGGGACCAGAGGGCUCGCUCCUGGCCUCCCCCCAGUGGUCCUUCCAGGGGCCUCUGCGGGCAGCUCUCUGCUCACAGCCGGGGAGCCUGGAGAGGGCCUGGUCCCUUGGCCCCCCAAGCCAGGCUCUGCAGGGACAUACCCCCCCUCAGGCGAAGUCCCAAGGUCUCAGUCCUCCCGCGAGGGUCUCCCUGGGCCCCAGGACCCCCCUCAGGGCGGUCUCCCUGCCUGCAGUGACGGCUCCACCUGACUCGUGCCCGGCAGGCUCCAGACUCAGCGUCCUGUCUCCUUGCAAAUCUCGGCCCCUCCUCUGUGACUACAGCCGUCUGUCCCUCCCGCACCAGGCCCACCCGAUGCCAGUGCACAGUGCCCGAGGUCAGCUGCCUGCGGACAGCCUGGCUCUCCGCUGCACCUGCCAGCUUUGCCCUCCCCAGCCGCCCCAGAGCCGUUUCACACUGGCCGUGCCUCACUGGCAGCCUGAGUGUCGAUGCUGGAUGGCCAGAUUUCUGGAAGGUUCUGCAGGGAGCAUGCAGCCUGGCAGGUACCAGGGUGAGGCCUACACCCACGAACAAAGACCUACAGAGCCCGGAGAUCUGGCUUCCAGGAGUGUGGAGAGAGACAUGGUCCUUGAGGACCUGGAGGAGUGUUUCCGACACAAAAACACCCUCGAUGCAAUACCGUCUUCCUAGUCAGGCCAAUUAAAGGAUUCACAAAUGACGCGCGUUACCUGGGUGGGCACGACGGCGAGCGGGAAGGCUGGACUCCCCAAGGCCUCGUCGGGAGGCCCCGCGUGCGGAUCGGUGAGGCUGAAAUAACAACUCACCUACCAUGAGGUCAUUCUGGAAUGUGAGGUCUCUGCCAAACAGACCUUCUGACCCCACCUCCACCCCAGUCCGACAGGGCAGGCCCUGGGCAGGCCUGGGCAGUCCCAGAAGCCCUCCCGCUGGCAGACAUUUGCCUCUGUGGAAGCGAACGGAGAGGGACCACACAAGUGGAUCCCGAUGAAAGUCAAGCGAUCCUUCCAGGGAAGUCCCGGGCGGCCGAGGCCCUGGGUCUCGACAAGGGCUGGACCCCACGGGUCGCGGGAGCCUGGCACCUGCCAUUCGGCAGGUCCCCGAGGACCCGUGCCGUGGAGCUGCAGAGAGAGGGGCCUUCCCCCGUCUCUGCUGAGUCGGGCUUUCCUGGAACUUUGGUGCCCUGGGUGUCCUCAAGUGACGUCCUCAGAUCACACGGCCGUCUAGUCGGGCAGGAAAGCCUGGACUCCUUCUUUCUCCACCAGAAACUAAAGUGUCACAGCAGCUCCUCUGAGCAGUGACCUGUUCAGUUAGGAGCGGCUCCUAAAAAGAACACGACGCCCCAUCUGCUGCCUGUGGAGCGUCAGGGGCACUUCUGGUUUGACCGUUGACUUGUCUUGAGACGCGGGGAACGCUUUUCCCUCCCUCUUUGCUUCUGAUCGUACGAGGAGAUGUGAGAUGUGCGUAGAUCCAGCGGGCGAACACGGAGAGAGGGUGUGCCGGUCGGCAGGAGCUUACACGUCUCGGUUUCCUGGGGUGCCUCCGGAGGUGACACCAGAUGGUGGUGAUCGACCGUAAAAAUGUAACAUGCCUGUUGUGAGUCUCCUAGAGAGGCUCUGACAGGCGGUGGCACGGCUUCCAUGGGACCACAGGGGGGCCGGUGCAACUUGGGCACUUUUUUCUUUUCCUUCUAAUUACUUCCUCUCCAGACAAACCUCCCUGCCACCCCCCCCCCCCCCAAGAAUAGAACUGAGUUCAGAAUGUUCCAGGGCA